GGGAACCACCACGAAGAGGUGUACGAGCCGUCAACUGGCCGCGUCAUUGGCAAGUUUCUCUGCUCUGGCGAGAAGGAGGUGGAUCUGACUGUGCAGAGUGCACAAGCCGCGUUUAAAAUAUGGAGCCAGAAAUCGGGCAUGGAACGGAGCACUAUACUGUUGGAGGCUGCAAGGAUCAUCCGGGAACGGAAAGAAGAAAUUGCCAAAAUGGAAACCAUCAAUAAUGGGAAGUCCAUCUUUGAAGCCUUGGUGGAUGUUGACAUAUCUUGGCAAUGCGUGCAGUAUUAUGCUGGCCUAGCUGGCUCCCUGGCGGGUCAGCACGUCCAGCUCCCCGGAGGAUCCUUUGCUUACACCAGAAGAGAGCCUCUUGGGGUGUGUGUUGGGAUCGGGGCCUGGAACUACCCUUUCCAGAUCGCCUGCUGGAAAUCAGCCCCUGCUUUGGCUUGCGGUAACGCCAUGAUCUUCAAGCCAUCUCCCUUCACCCCCAUCUCUGUUGUGAUGCUGGCGGAGAUUUACAACGAAGCUGGCGUUCCCAAGGGGCUUUUCAACGUGGUGCAGGGCGGGGCUGCCACGGGCCAGUUCCUUUGCCAUCACCCGAACGUGGCAAAGGUGUCUUUCACUGGAAGCGUGUCGACGGGCGUCAAGAUCAUGGAGAUGGCAGCCAAAGGGGUCAAGCCAGUUACUCUGGAGUUAGGGGGCAAGUCCCCUCUCAUCAUCUUCUCUGACUGCAUCCUGAAGAAUGCCGUGAAAGGAGCCCUCAUGGCCAAUUUCCUCACCCAAGGCGAGGUCUGCAGCAACGGCACCCGGGUGUUUGUGCAACGCAACAUCCUUCCAGCCUUCACCCAGGAGGUCGUGAGGCAGACCCAGAACAUAAAAAUCGGAGACCCCCUGCUGGAAGACACCAGGAUGGGGCCGCUCAUCAACCGCCCCCACCUGGAGAAGGUGCUGAGCUUUGUGAAGCAAGCCAAGGACCAGGGGGCAGAGGUGCUGUGCGGAGGGGAGCCGCAUGUACCAGAGGACCCCAAGCUGAGCGACGGCUUUUACAUGUCUCCCUGCGUCCUAGGAAACUGUGAAGACAGCAUGACAUGUGUCAAGGAGGAGAUUUUUGGGCCCGUCAUGUCCAUCCUGCCCUUUGAUACAGAGGAGGAGGUCCUGGAGAGAGCCAACAGCACCCGUUUUGGCCUGGCAGGGGGCGUCUUCACCAGUGACAUCCAGCGGGGUCACAGAGUUGUGGCUGCUCUCCAGGCUGGGAUGUGUUUCAUCAACAACUACAACAUCAGCCCCGUGGAGCUGCCUUUUGGGGGCUACAAGAUGUCAGGGUUUGGCCGAGAGAAUGGUGAAGCGGCGAUUGAUUACUACUCCCAGCUGAAGACUGUCUGUGUGGAAAUGGGCGAUGUGGAAUCGGUCUUCUGAUGUCCCUGGUUCAGCUGGCAGUCUCCUG